GUUUUCUCUUUCCGUAUGUUACUAGCCAUGAUUUCAGUUUCUGUUGAUGUUUCGAAGCUAAAUGUUUACAAGUUUACGUAGGCUAUUUGUCUAGAUCUGCACACUUAAAGUACAUAUUGAGAACUAUGUCUGUAUUAAUAGGCUUGAUAGACCAGCCUAUUGAAGACACAGACAUAUUCGGGUUUGAAACUAGUAAAAUUGGAGGUGUGCCCAAUCAUCUAAAAGCUGAAGCCAAUCAGGGAAUCCCAGAAUGCAAAGUUUGUGGUCAACCAUCCACUUUAAUUAGUCAGUUGUACUGCCCUUUACAUGGAUCUGCUUAUCAUAGAUGUCUUUAUGUGUAUGCUUGUAGUGACCUUUGUAGUCGACAGCAGAAUGGAUGGAGAGUGUUUCGAUCAAUGGCUUAUGACGAAAGUUAUGACAGGUCAAAGAAUCCGAGUAAACAAAAACUUAAUGUCAGUGAUGCUAGUGAAUGGGGUGUCGGCCAAGAUGACUGGGGACAGGUUGGCCAAGAUGACUGGGGGGAUGGUUCAAAUGAAUGGAGCGAGGAUGAAAAAUGUGGAGAAGCUCUAAAUGGAGAUGAAGACCAAGAAAUUGAUGAAGUUGCUGAAACACCCCCACAUUUGGGAAACUUGGUACAAUGUCAACAAACUUUGUCAUCAGAAAACCCCACUGCUCUAAAUAGUGGACAAGCUGAAGCUGUAGAUAAUUUAAACACCUUUUCAGAGUUAAGAAUAAAUGACAUAUCUGCAGAUGUUCAAGAUCAGCCACAAUCUAGUCAACCAGAAGGAAGAAGUGAGGUUGCAGACAGAGAAUGUUUUGGAGAUGUUGGUGAACCUAGAGUGGUCAUGGAGGACUUUGUUGUGCCAGAUACAGAAAGAUGGACAGCCAUGACUCAAAUCCUGAACACAGAAUGUCCAGAGCUUUCAGAAUCAGUGGCUGUGGGGAAAAAACCUGUUGUGUUCAAAGCAUAUUAUCUAAACGUUAUUGACGAGCCUCGUAACACAAGCUUCAAUGAUGAACAUGUGGAGAAUCUAAUCAGGACCUACGAGAAAAACGAAGGCAAACCUCUCGGGUCACUGUUAUCUGAUAAGCCUAACACAGGCAAAGGAAAAGUUAGUACUGAGAGUUAUGAAAAGACAGAGCUGAAACAUGGAGACAAAAUUUUCCACAAGUUUUUGAAGAGAUUGCAACGGUGUCCUGAACAGAUUAUCAGAUAUGAGAGAGAAGGUGAACCACUGUUUAUUAACAAACUGGAAGGUACCCCAUCUAUUGCAUCUUGUACCAUCUGUGGCUACCCGAGAGUGUUUGAGCUUCAGCUAUUGCCUCCACUUAUACCUUGGUUAAAGAGUCUUGAUGGUACAGAAACAAAAGUUGAGUUUGGCACUGUCCUGAUAUUCACCUGCAAAAACAACUGCUGGUCCGAUGAGUUAGACUUUGUGGAAGAGUCUAUUCUCUUUCAAAACGACCCAGACAACCACUUAUUCCGAUGAAUUAAUUUGUAUGUUAAGCUUGUUCUUGUCAGUUAGCCACAAUUACUUGCUAGUCUGUAGGAGCAACUUGAUGGUCCAGUGUUAGGGCACUCAAAUGUAACCCUAUCUAUAGAGGCGGCUAGGUACAAAAGUGGUGCACUCAAUCGCAUUCCUAUCUAUAGAGGCGGCUAGGUACAAAAGUGGUGCACUCAAUCGCAUUCCUAUCUAUAGAGGUGACUAGGUACAAAGGUAGUGCACUCAAUUGAAACAGUAAAGGCUAAAGUUCACCUUCAGCUUGCCUCACUGUGUGGUUACUAGUAAUAUGAUUAUACAACUGUGGCUUAUUGACAAGUCUUACUAAAUGUUUAAAAUUGUUACUAAGAUUUUGUUCAUUAUUGAAAAUAAAAAUGCAGCCUG